GCUCUGCGUACGAGGGCGCCCAUCUCGCUGGUCAGCUGGAUCCUAGGAACAGAUCCGGGGCAGAGGGAAGAGAGCGCCGGGUCAGGGGCCGCAACCGCCGCUCCCGCGGAGUCCGCCCGCCAGCCCGCCAGCUCUCGCGGGCCUGCCUGUCAGGGUCAGAUCAACCAUUGGCUUGCCCUCUGUCAUAGUCAGCUGAAAGUGACUUCUCAAGUUUCUUCAGGAUGCCCGCAGCACUUGUGGAGAAUAGCCAGGUUAUCUGUGAAGUCUGGGCCAGCAAUCUAGAAGAAGAGAUGAGGAAGAUUCGAGAAAUUGUGCUCAGUUACAGUUAUAUUGCCAUGGACACAGAAUUUCCAGGUGUUGUGGUGCGACCAAUUGGUGAAUUUCGUAGUUCCAUAGAUUACCAGUAUCAGCUUUUGCGGUGCAAUGUUGACCUUUUAAAAAUUAUCCAGCUGGGCCUUACAUUCACGAAUGAGAAGGGAGAAUACCCUUCUGGAAUCAACACUUGGCAGUUCAACUUCAAAUUCAACCUUACAGAGGACAUGUACUCUCAGGAUUCCAUAGAUCUCCUUGCAAACUCAGGACUACAGUUUCAGAAGCACGAAGAGGAAGGGAUUGACACACUGCACUUUGCGGAGCUGCUUAUGACAUCAGGGGUGGUUCUCUGUGACAAUGUCAAAUGGCUUUCAUUUCACAGUGGCUAUGACUUUGGCUACAUGGUAAAGUUACUUACUGACUCUCGUUUGCCAGAAGAGGAACAUGAAUUCUUUCAUAUUCUGAACCUUUUCUUCCCAUCCAUUUAUGAUGUGAAAUACCUGAUGAAGAGUUGCAAAAAUCUUAAGGGAGGUCUUCAGGAAGUUGCUGAUCAGUUAGAUUUGCAGAGAAUUGGAAGGCAGCAUCAGGCAGGCUCAGACUCACUGCUGACAGGAAUGGCAUUCUUCAGGAUGAAAGAGUUGUUUUUUGAGGACAGUAUUGAUGAUGCCAAGUAUUGUGGGCGGCUCUAUGGCCUGGGCACGGGAGUGGCCCAGAAGCAGAAUGAGGAUGUGGACUCUGCCCAGGAGAAGAUGAGCAUCCUGGCGAUCAUCAACAACAUGCAGCAGUGAUGGUGGCGAGGCUCCGCGGAGCGGGCCGGCCCCAGAAUGGUGCUCACUGUGCUGACUGUAUACUUACCUUCCUCCCCAAGAGAAACCGCUACUUUUGAGCAAGCUGUACUUACCAUCUCCACUGCGCAGAAGGACUUCUGUUUUACUAAAGACAAAGAAGUCUUUUAGAUCCAGAAGAGGGCAGUUUUCUCUGAAUUUGUAAACAAGUCUUAUGUAUUCCUCAUCCCUAGGCCUCUUUUCCAGUUGCCUCCUGCCACCAGCAUCCAUGGCUCAUUUGACACCUUUUUAAAUACCCAGGACGAGUGAGAAACAAACUAGUAAAAUGUAUAUAACUCUUACCUGUUGUCAUUCUUUUUCUUUUAAAUUUGUUGCUAAUCUCUGAGGAUGAAGACUUCUGAUUCUCAGCUGAGCUGAGGGCUUCCAGGAAAAGUAGAACAAAAUGGUAUUCUUAAGUGUGGGUGAUAGGUGUUGAGUCUUUUCCUUUUUUUGACCCUUCUCCAGGACAUUUGCUUUCCUCAUGGAAAUGAAUUACAUGCUCAGUGCUGAAAUUUGAAGACCAGAUAAUAACUUACCUUAAAAAAAAAAAUUCUACUGAACCUGUCUACUCUUUAUUCAUAAGGAACACCAGAGUGGGCAUUAAGUUAACCACUUAAGUGUCUUUACAUCCUAUUGUGCCACUGAGAUUUGCUGUCACAUGUGCAUCAUUUGAAAUCAUUUUAUGUUUUCAUAUAACAAAAUCGCAGAUUUGAGAAAUUAGUUAAGAUCAGAUUUUUGAAUCCUAAGUCUGUUGUGAUUUCAGAUGGGCAUUUGUAUUCCCCCACCUCUCUUCUCUGUUUUCCGCUUUUCCUUUUAGCAAACCUGAGAAGUUAGGGAGAUGGAUUAAUGUGAGUACCAGAAAUGUGAAUCUUCAAAAAGUUUUAGUAGUUCAUAUAAACAGGGCAGUAAGGAAUUUGUUUUACAGAGUUCUCGUGGAGUAAUAUCGCACAACUGGGGUAGAAAGCUCAGGACUGUGAUUCCACCCCCCCCUCCCAAAACUAGUCAUUUAAAAAGUACACUGUAUUUUUUUUUUUUAAAUGACAGUAUGGACAAUUUUGAAAACCCAUUUGCAAUGGUGGAAAUGAAACUGGUAACUCACUGAAGUGGAUGAAUAGUCUUGCAUUUUAAAAGCUUAUAGAAAACUCAAUUUGAAAUGAUUCAAAAAUGUCAAGUAUUAUAAGCUGGUAUUUAAGAUGCUUGUAAAUAUAUUUAUGUUUUUAAUUUUGUAUAAUAAAGAUUUCUUUUUAACUACUGG